AUGACAGUAACUCGUGCUUGGAAUUCAUUUGAGGAUUCCGAUAGUGAUGACGAUAAUAUUGAGCUCGAAUUUUUUAUUGGUAAAGAUAAAGCAACAAAAUGGUCUAAGACACCAUUGACAAUUCAAAAAAACUAUAAAAGAGAUAGAGAUGCCAAAUUUAUAACAAAAAAUGAAAUGAUGGCAUUUUUUGGUUUGUUGUUUUUGUCAGGAAUAAAAAAAGGGAAUCACACCAACUUUCUUGAACUUUGGGCUACAGAUGGUACUGGAAUUGAAGUUUUUCGGGCUUGUAUGAGCUGUAACCGUUUUCUUUUUAUUUUGAAUUCAAUAAGAUUCGACGAUAGAACUACUAGAAAUUAUAGAAGAUCUGAGGACAAACUAACUGCUGUGAGGUCAAUGCUUGAUCAAUUUGUAUAUAAUUGUAAAACAAGUUACUGCCUUAGUGAAUAUUUGACCAUUGACGAAAUGUUAGCCCCAUUUAGAGGUCGUUGUAGUUUUAUUCAGUAUAUACCAAGUAAACCUGCAAAAUAUGGCUUGAAAAUAUUUGCACUGGUUGAUGCAAAAUCAUUUUAUAGGGGGAAUUUAGAAAUUUAUUGUGGGACGCAACCAGACGGGCCUUACAAUAUGUCUUCCAAGCCAUUUGAUAUUGUCAUGAGAUUACUUGACAAUGUAACGGGAUCAAAUCGUAACCUAACAUGUGAUAAUUGGUAUACUAGUUAUCCCUUGGCUACUGAAUUACUAAAAAAGCAAACAACUAUAGUAGGAACAUUGAGAAAAAAUAAAAAGGAGAUUCCAGUAGACUUUCAACCACAUAAAAAUAAAGCAGUUAAUUCUUCAUUUUUUGGAUUUCAAAAAGAAAUAAUGAUAACAUCAUAUACUCCUAAAAAAAAUAAAGCUGUAAUUCUAUUAUCAACUAUGAAUAAUGAUACGUCAGUAAAUAGUGAGACAAAAAAACCUGAAGUUAUACUCUUUUACAAUUCCACUAAAGGAGGCGUGGACACUGUCGACCAAAUGUGUGGGAAUUAUUCAGUUUCUAGGAGAACACGCAGAUGGCCUUUAUCAAUAUUUUUUCAACUUCUCAACAUUGCAGAAGUGGACGUUCAAGAACCUCCAACAAAAAUACGAAGUCGGUGUUAUUUGUGUGGAAGAGCCAAAAAUAGGGUGACAACAAUAAAAUGUUCUUCAUGUCAGAAGUUUACAUGUAAAGAGCACGUAAAAGCUGUUGUCAUAUGUGAAUGA